AUGACUCACCGGGUUAGUUCCAUCAUUGUAACAUCCACUGUUCAAAAGAAAGAAGACCCGAGAGCUUUCACCAUUCCUUGUGCUAUUAGGGCACAUGAUUUUGCAAGAGCCCUUUGCGAUAAUGGGGCUAGCAUCAACUUGAUGCCUCUUGCCAUUUACAAACAAGCAGAGUUAGGUAUUCCAAGGCCCACAAGUAUGAGAUUGCAAAUGGCCGAUCAUUCCAUAAAGAGACCGGUGGGAAGUGUUGAUGAUGUGCUUGUUAAAGUGGGAAAGUUUCAUUUACCCACCGAUUUUAUAAUCCUUGAUUGUGCGGUUGACAAAGAGAUCCCUAUCAUUUUGGGGAGACCAGUCCUAGCUACAGGAAGAGCACUAAUGGAUUCGGAAUGGAAUGAGAUCAAAUUUCAUGUGAAUGAUGAAGAGGUUACAUUCCAAGCAAGCAAGGGUAUGAAACUGCCACAUGAAUAUGUCUCGGUGAUUGAUGUUGUUGAUGAAGUGGAAGAUGCGGUUGAAAUGAAGAUGAAAGAACAAUGA